CUUCUCAAUCUCUUCGCCUCUCGUUGAAUUCCCAAUUCUGAUCAACCCUAAUUGCCCAUGGGAGAACCUCAUCGGUUCUCUGAUUAUCUCGCACUUGGAGACGGUGCAGGUAAUUACACAUUCAACAUUCAUAUCAUAUUGAUCAUAAUAGCUGCAUUCCCCAAUUUUUGGAAAUUUUUAAAUUUCAACCCCACAUGCUGCCUCUUACCUUAUUGUGCUAUCAUCAAUUCCAGUGGUAAUUUACGUAUAUAUGCAGUUGCUGACAUUUUGUUGUGGAGGAAACGGAAUCAGAGCGUUCUUGUUCUCGUUUCUUCAACAUUUCUAUGGCUUCUAUUCGUAAAGGGCGGAUACGAUUUGCUUUCAUUCUUAUCGAAUGUUUUGUUCUCACUAGUCAUAAUCCUAUUUUUUUGGGCUAAAUCUGCAGCACUUCUCAAUAGACCUUUGCCACCUCUCCCUGAUCUUGAGGUUACUGAAGAAAUGGCUGAGAAGGCUGCUGAUGAGAUGUGUGUCUGCAUAAAUCGUGCAAUGUCAAUGGCACGCGCCAUUGCAAUUGGCGGAGAUUUGAAACUCUUUUGGCAGCUUGCUCUAGGAUUGUGGUUUAUCUCCUACAUAGGCAGCUUACUCAGCUUUGUUACACUGCUUUACAUUGGGGUCCUACUUUGUUUCACGCUGCCUCUGUUGUAUGAUAAGCACCAAGCUCUGAUAGAUGAGAAGCUAUAUGCAAUACAGAGAAUAGCUCAGAUGCAGUACCGCUUAAUUGAUGAGCAUGUACUUGGCAAGACGCCAUCAACAUGAUGAGAAGAAGACCCGGUAGACUCAUUGUGCCUCUUGGUGAUUGCUUGACAUUUAGUCUCAAAGGCCAGACGAGGAAGUCUGCUCGCUUCAGCUAGAUAUGUCGAUUUCUGGAUAUGUUCACGCUAAUGAGGUUGAGUAGUUCUGGUUUUGUAGCUUCUCAUUCAAAGGAUUGGGUUGUGCAGGAUAACCACUCAGGAAUAGUUCAAUAGAUGUUGGUAUGAGACAUGCCGGUAACUAACAUUAGUACAUAAGUCAUGAAUACUCGUUGUCUUCGCUAGUUAGUCCUAUAGAAGAAGCCCUACAUGAACUAAAUUUUGAAAUUGUUUCACCAUUUUGAUUGUCCAAAUUUGAAGGUGAGAACUUUUCUUGAUUA